CGCCGGCUACCGGGGAAGCCGGGAAGCUGUCAACCGGUCAUGGCGAGCUCAGCCGCCUCCUCGGUGCGACCGCCGAGGCCCAGGAAAGAGCCGCAGGCGCUUGUCAUCCCCAAGAAUGCGGCGGAGGAACAGAAGCUCAAGCUGGAGCGGCUCAUGAAGAACCCGGACAAAGCAGUUCCAAUUCCAGAAAAAAUGAGUGAAUGGGCACCUCGACCUCCCCCAGAAUUUGUCCGAGAUGUUAUGGGUUCAAGUGCUGGGGCCGGCAGUGGAGAGUUCCACGUGUACAGGCAUCUUCGCCGGAGGGAGUACCAGCGACAGGACUACAUGGAUGCCAUGGCUGAGAAGCAAAAACUGGAUGCAGAUUUUCAGAAGAGACUGCAAAGGAAUAAAGUUGCUGCCGAGGAGCAGACUGCUAAGCGUCGGAAAAAGCGUCAGAAGUUAAAAGAGAAGAAAUUAUUGGCCAAGAAAAUGAAACUUGAAGAGAAGAAACAAAAAGAAGGAUCCAGUCAGUCCCAGGAGCAACGGAAGAGUAGCUCUGAGGAGGCAUCUGGAACAGAGGAGGAGGAUGAGGAGGACGAGCCCAGCUUCGUCAUGAGGCGAUGACAAUGUUUGGAUGUUUGCUGUGGCAGCUGCUAGAGCCUGGCUUGUUCUGUGUCCAGGGACGGUCAGCAUGACCCGCAGGGAAGAAGGCUCUGUCUCAGCUCCGCUUUCCUCCCCGGGACUCGCAGACAGAAACCCGACCUGGGCUGCAUACAGCCCAGCCUCUCAGCAGGACUCUGGGCCUGGUGGACAGAGGACCUUCUCCUGGGACACUUGAGAGUGCUGCCCCACAGUGUUCAUUCUCGUUCCCGCUAAAAGGGGAAAGAGUGUUUAACUUUCUGCCGUUGAUGCCUGUUUUCACAUAUUUGAACAGUGAUGAGUUUCGGGCUGUUUUCUGUGAAAGGAACUUUUAUUUAGUAAAGAAUAGAAAAUCUUUAGGUUUUGUUUGGACAUGUAAAACAUUAAUUACCAAAGCUGUAGGGAGUGGAAUGACACAGUAGAGCUGGGUCUCCAGAUUUCCAGUUAAAUGGACGUAUUCUCAGACUCGCUGAAAGAAAUGGACUUGGCUCUUGCACUGACCCACAUUUUAGCACCGUCAUUUCCUUCAGCUGAGGAGAGCACAGACUGCACUGCAAAAUAUCUGUUCCUGCCCAGCUCCCAAGAUGCGAGUGGGUGUGUGUGAAAGGAGAUGGCAGCAGGCAGAGGCAUAACCAGGUGGGCUGAGCCAGAAGGGGACUUGACGUGUGAAAAGCGUGUUUGGAAAAGAGUUGGAGACUAGAAAAUAAGCAGGUAGGGAAUCCAGGCCAGACUGAACCAGAGUAGAGAGGUUGGGACAGCCUGGUCUCCUGGGGAGAGGUGGGGACAAGUUGGUAGAAAACGGCUCUUCCUGAAAUCAAAGAAGAUGUAAGCAGGAAAAGGAUCACAGACACUUGACUAGGGCAGGGGGGUGGAGCCGUCUGGGAUUGAAGCCCUUCCAGACCCUCAUGCUUCAGGGCACGGUCAGAAGGGAGUGCCCCCAAGGAGGAGGCUCUUGUGGGAGAGGCCAGCAUGGCCCCUGCGUGUCCCUGGGAGAACACAGCCCCAGACCGGCCCCCACACAAUUGGCCCCAAAUGGAACAGGUGCUUCCAGAGUGCCAGGUGCCAGGGUGCCUGGGAGGGUCCCAGGGUCAGCCUUUGACCUCGACACUUCCAGGCCAGCGUGGGGGAAAGUCGUUUUCUAAUCAGAGACUUUGCUCACUUUUUAGACUAUUUAUGUCCAACUCCAAGUUCCUAAGUAUAUUCUGUGCUUUUUAUGGAGUUUGAUAGAAUUAAGGAAAUGAUGGUUUCGAGGGAAGGGAAACCGUGAGACAUCUUACUUUUCUCUCUUGUACAGUAAGAUUCCCACACACACAACUUCAGGGACCACUUCUGUCCAUGCAGUGAUUCAGGUCACAGGAUUUUUCUUUCCCAGGAAGCUGAAAUGGAGAGUCAGCCCUAAUAAAUAGGCACACACCAUUUUGAAAA